CACCGUACGUGCAUGCGGUAGCAUCCAUGGCAUAAAGAGAGGGAAGAGCACUCUUAGUCUCUUACCACCACAACUACUCUUCGUCCUCCUCCUCUAUCCGGGCAGCACCGCAGGGAGAAGGAGAAGAGGAUAGGAGAGAGGGAAGGGCAAGGCAGCAGGAGCAAGGCGAGAGAGAGAGGGAUGAGGCGCGGCAAGGUGGAGCUGAAGCGGAUCGACAACAAGAGCAGCCGGCAGGUGACCUUCGCCAAGCGCCGCAACGGGCUGCUCAAGAAGGCGCACGAGCUGUCGGUGCUCUGCGACGCCGAGGUCGCGCUCAUCAUCUUCUCCACCCGCGGCCGCCUCUUCGAGUUCUCCACCUCCUCAUGCAUGUACAAGACCCUAGAGCGGUACCGCAGCUGUAACUUCAACUCCGAGGCAACUGCAACUCCGGAACCCGAACUAAGCGGUUACCAGGAGUAUUUAAAGCUAAAGCAAAGAGUUGAGUUCCUACAGACAACUCAGAGAAAUCUUCUAGGCGAGGACUUGGGCCCACUUAACAUGAAGGAACUUGAGCAACUGGAGAACCACGUUGAGAUCUCUCUCAAACAUAUCAGGGCGACAAAGAGCCAGCAGUCAUUUGAUCAGCUCUUGGAGCUCAAGCGCAAGGAACAAAAACUGCAAGAUGUUAAUAAAGACUUACGAAAGAAGAUACAAGAAACUAGUGCGGAAAGUGUUCUACAGAUGUUUUGCCAGGAUGGACCUAGUGGGUCUAGUGGCCAUGCUAAUCAAGCUAAUCAACAGCAGCAUGUUCAUCCUGAUUGUGACCCUUCCUUGCGUAUGUGGUAUGAUCAUGCUUACCUGGAUCACUUGAACAAGGAAUGAAUGGAUGGAUUAGUUGACGCCUUAGCGCAGAUAUCCUGCGCUGGGUCGACAUGAUAAUAUUUCAAUCCAAUGCUCUCUUUUAUCCAUGGUUUCUAGCUUAAACCAGACUAUUAUGUACUACUAAUCAAGAGCUCAUGUUGUAUUCUACUUUAAAUUGAAGAGAAGAACUAUCUGAUUAUGCUGGGUGCUGAAU